UUACAUUAUACAGACAUCUGCCUGUGGGACAAAUUCAUUCUCAGCACUCCAGAACAAAGCAAGCAUCUAACAUGGAUAGAGAAACUGCUAUGAAAGAUUUAGAAGACCUGGUAGAAAAAGUAAAAGUAAUGCCAGUAGAAGAUAAACAGUUUAUGUAUAAGGGAAUCCUGUAUCCUACCUUCACUUUUCCGGAAACCUUACAGGCACUGGACAAUUUUGAAGCCAGGGCAGACGACAUUUUACUGGUGUCAUAUCCAAAAUGUGGAUUUAACUGGCUGUUUCACAUCUUAAAUAGUCUUGCUAUUACUGCUGGUACAACCGAAAAGGGAAAUGAAAUCCGGCCACCUAUGCUGGAAUUUAGAAAACCCCAAAAUCUUCAGGUUUUUACCAACAUGCCUUCUCAAAGAAUCCUGGGAACACAUUUACAUCCUGACAAUCUUCCAAAAUCAUUCAUUGAGAAGAAAGUUAAGAUUUUGGCUAUGAUACGAAAUCCCAAAGAUACUGCUGUUUCUUAUUACCAUUUCCAAUACAACAACCCAGUUUUGGGGUUUAAUUAUACAUGGGAUGAAUUCUUCUCUAUAUUUUUGGAGGGAGAAGUUUUCUACGGCUCCUACUUUGACUAUAUAUCGGCUUGGAACAAGAAGGUCAAUGAUGAAAAUGUACUUGUUGUAAUCUAUGAAGAGCUGAAAAAAAACAUGGCAGAAGAAAUUAAGAAAAUUGCCAAAUUUUUGAAUUUCACACUUACUGAAGAGCAGAUCCAAUCAAUCAGUAGUAAGAGUACAUUUAAAUCAAUGAAGGAAAACUGUAUGAAUACUCAUGGUAUAAUGGGGAAUGUUAUAUUCAGGAAAGGUGAUAUUGGUGACUGGAAAAACUGUUUCCCAGAAGAACAUAGCAAGGCUAUAGAUGACAAAUUUGAGAAGCACCUUGAAGGAACAAAGAUUGGAGACCUUCUAAAAUAUGAUGAAUAUUGUAAAUGACUGUAUAAAAAGGAAAUUCUUCAUAUUGAUCAAUAAAUUUUUUGGAAAAAA